UACAAAAGCCAAACCUGAAAGGCUGCCCACACCGUGCACGCUUCUUCCUCGCGCCGCGCCGCCGCCGCCGCCAGCAACCCCCGUACUCCUUCGGGUCUCUCUAGUCUCUACAUCAAAACCAAAUCGAAUUCACCCCAUAAUUCUCCGUUAAUCCUGAAGCUGUAGUUCGGCGGUGGACCAGGAGCAUGGCCUUAUCGUGCGCGAGCGUUCGCCUGCACGGCCGCGUCGGCGCUUUCAAAUGCCGGGCCGCUCUGGCUACGUCGAGCGGCUUUUCGUUCCCGGGUGCACGGAGGUGGACUGCUAGGGGAAUCCACUGCCAGUUUCCACCGCGGGCCAGUGCGGAUGGCGUUGACGCCACCACCUCCGGUGCAGAUGUUGUUGUGCCUGAAGCGGGCGAAUUCGCUGGUUCCGCCAAGGAGGUCGCCGCGGUUAUCCAACCGACUGUGUUUCAACAGAAGGGCGGGGAGGUUUCUGAUUUUGUUGGAUCCGGUGGGAAUGGUAAGUUCCCGCCUGGCAGCGGCGGUGGAGAUGGGGAUAAUGGCACUGGUGGCGGUGGUGCUGAUGGCGACAGUGAAGGGGAUGAUGAGUUUGGGCCGAUCCUUAGCUUUGAACAGGUGGUCCAGGAGGUCGAGAAGCGAGGGGUUAGCUUCCCGAGCUUGCCAGCCGAUAUGAUCGAGGCUGCGAAGAAUGUUGGGAUUCAGAAGCUGCUGCUGCUGAGAUACUUGGACAUGCAGGCCUCGGCUUGGCCCCUGGGUCCUGCUGUUAGAUCCUGCGGGCUUCUCCGGAAUAGGAUGCUGGUUGAUCCUGCAUUCCUCUUCAAAAUUGGGACGGAGAUAGUUAUUGACACAUGUUGCGCUACUUUUGCGGAGGUUCAGAAGAGAGGCGAUGAGUUUUGGUCAGAAUUUGAACUGUAUGCAGCAGAUAUGUUGGUAGGCGUAGUUGUUAAUGUAGCUUUAGUCGGCAUGUUGGCACCAUAUGCUCGGUUCCGUGGAGGGUCUACAUCAGCAGGCCUUCUUGGGCGUGUUAGGCAUGCUUAUGAUGCUCUCCCGAGCAGUGUUUUUGAAGCUGAAAGGACAGGAUAUAGCUUUUCCGUUCAACAACGGAUAGGGUCAUACUUUUUCAAGGGGUUUUUAUAUGGCGCAGUUGGAUUUUCUUGUGGUCUUGUGGGCCAAGGCAUUGCAAACUUGAUAAUGACUGCAAAACGGAGUGUAAAGAAGUCUGAGCAUGAUGUACCUGUUCCACCCCUUCUGAAAACUUCUGCUUUGUGGGGUGUGUUCCUUGGUGUCUCAUCCAACACGCGUUAUCAGGUUAUUAAUGCACUUGAGCGCUUGGUUGAGGCUUCACCUCUUGGCAAGCGUGUCCCAGCUGCUUCUUUGGCAUUCACUGUUGGUGUGCGCUUUGCAAAUAAUGUCUAUGGAGGAAUGCAGUUUGUGGACUGGGCCAGGAUGAGUGGCUGUCAAUGAGGUGCGUAGUGUCUGUAUUAUUCAUGUUACCAUCCACAUUGAUGCCGUUGCAUGUGAUAUGCUGUUUGAUAGUAUAACAAUGAAAUUUGUCGAAAUCACUCCUCCCUGAAUUAAAGGUGUACCAUUAUUAAUGACAGCUUGACGGCAGGGCUCCAAAAAAAAGCGUGAGGGCGCCCCGGAGAUUGACUGGAGUGUUGAUAUAUUCUGGUUAUGGUAGGCUGCUAGAAAGUACUCCCUUCUGAAAUGCAUCAAGAUGUAUUAGGCAUAGUCAAAUAAUUGAACUUGGAGCUUGUCCAAGUGCUCAGUGAUGCAUGCUGUGAUUUGUAGCUCGAGCAAUCAGAAGCAAUGAAUCUGUUCUUCCUGUCCAACAUUUAACCAUUUUGAUUUUAAUUUUGGUAGUUGAAAAUGAUGGUUAUGCUACAUUCUAA